ACGCACAUAUCAGGAGAGAGAGGGACGAAAUGAAACCCCCUCCUACCUCCUCCCCUCUCCCAGUCGUUGCGGGAGAUGAAAAUCCGCGGGUGAACUGAGCGGAACAGGAGAGAAAGCAAGGGAAGGACGGUGUUCCAGUGCCUCUCUCUGAGCUGGACAGACACCAAAAUGUGGCCUUUCGCCGCAGCUCAGCUCCGAGUUUUCUUCUGUUUGCUCUACCCCGCCAACAUCAUCAGCCUGUGGUGGACGGUAGGAAGCCCCUUGGUCAUGGAUCCCAACAGCAUCUGCAGGAAAGCCAAGCGGCUGGCAGGCAGGCAGGCUGAACUGUGUCAGACCCAACCGGAGAUCGUCAGCGAGGUGGCGAAGGGAGCCCGCCUUGGGAUCCGGGAAUGCCAGCACCAGUUCCGAUUCCGCAAGUGGAACUGCACCACUCACAAGAAAUACUUCAGCAAGAUCCUGCAGCAAGAUAUCAGAGAGAUUGCCUUCGUUUACGCUGUCACCUCGGCCGGCGUGCUCUACACGGUGAGCCAGGCCUGCAGCAUGGGCGAGCUGCUGCAGUGCGGCUGUGAACGCACCUUGAGCCGGGCGCCACUCCACUCGCCCGCUCCUGGCACCGAGACCACGGCCUGGGAGUGGGGCGGCUGCGGAGACGACGUGGAGUUCGGCUACGCCAAGUCCAAGCAGUUCAUGGAUGCCGAGAGGAAACAGGGACAGAACGACAUCAAAUCCUUGAUUAAGCUGCACAAUAACGAGGCUGGGCGCUUGAUGGUUAAGAAUUACAUGCGAACUGAAUGUAAAUGUCACGGCCUGAGCGGUUCCUGUGCAGUUAAGACUUGCUGGAAGAAAAUGCCCCAUUUCCGUGAGGUUGGCGACCGCCUCUUGGACCGCUUCAAUGGCGCCUUCAAGGUGAUGGGCGGCAAUGAUGGGAAGACACUGAUCCCAGUGGGGCACAACAUCAAACAGCCAGACAAACAGGACCUGAUUUACUCUGCCGAGUCCCCCGACUUCUGCCUGCCGAACAGGCGCACUGGUUCUCCAGGGACGCGGGGCAGGGUGUGCAAUAGCACAGCUAUGGAUGUCAGUGGCUGUGACCUCCUGUGCUGUGGCCGGGGACACCGGGAGGAGACAGUGAGCUUUCAGGAGAACUGCCAGUGUCGCUUCCUUUGGUGUUGUGUGGUGCAGUGCAGACAAUGCGCUGUCCGAAAAGAACUCAGCAUCUGCAUGUAGCCAGAAUGCUUCCCGAUAAGACAGUAUCCCUCGAACUUGCGUUAAAUCGAAACUGCAAAGCAAAACAUCUGUUAUCCAAAGAACAGGGUUUUUGGAUAGGCUGAGAUGGAAGUUACUACUCAUGUCUGCAGGAAUUCAUUGCUAAACUGCAAAGUCCCUAGGCACGAAUACGGAGUGAGGAAUAACGUGUGAAAAUUAGCACAUCUUGCUACUCUGAAAGAUUGUAAAAUGUAUUGAAAAGGAGCAAUUUUCUAAUUGCUCAGUCCACUCUUCAGAUCAACAGUGAGACCAUUCAGCGAUUUGGUGGAGUACAACCCAUUGUGGGAGGGGAUACUGGGCCGGAGCUAUAUGUUGCCUGCAGCAUAGAAGCGCUAUUAACAAUUAGAAGAAAUAUAUCAUUUCUGACUGAACACAUAUAGAGCUAUUUUUGUAUGUUUGUAAAAAGGUAGAGAGAUUUUACCCUGUGGGUCAUUAGUAAAACGUUGCCCAGGUGAGUGUGUUAGAAGGUCAUGUUAAUCGUUGCAGCAUUGGGCUCCCUAACGUUGGCCCAGUUCAUGCUCAAUAGCAUUAGACAUGAAAAUGGGUUAUUUAAAAACGUUUGCUAAUUUGAUCAAGUGGUUUAUUUUUCAU